AACGACAAACGCUCUCCAGGAAAAAUGUUCAACAUUGACGCCGAAAGUUACUUUGUGGACAAUUGCUCAAUCAGUGACUUUGAGAUGCAUCCCUGCCUUGACCUAAACCUAGACGCAGUUCCCUUAGCUGGAACAAGGACCUCCGAGAAAUCAAAGAGAGCCCGCACUGCAUUCACCAGUCAUCAGCUCAUUGAACUUGAAAGGGAGUUCCAUUUAAAUAAAUACUUGGCCCGGACGAGGCGAAUCGAGAUUUCUCAACGUUUGGGACUUACUGAAAGGCAGGUUAAGAUCUGGUUCCAAAAUCGUCGGAUGAAGCUCAAGAAGUUGGCCAAUAAGAAAGCUAUCAAUGAGCCUCUGACCUCUUCUAAUUCCACUACUUUCCAAUCAAGUGAAGAUCUUCUGGAGAACGAACAGAUUGUAGAGCGCCUCCUCCAAUAUGCAAGCACAAAUAUGGAAACCCAUCACCUGCCGCAGAAUGCUCCCUUUAUCAAAGAAGAGGGACUUAUCACACCACCCUACCAAGCCUACGACUACCUCAAUGACUUCUGUCCCGCUCCAAUGGAUCUUCCCCAGAUGGCUUUUAAUGAGUUAGAUUCCAAUUUGGCGAGUUGUUGGUCGGAUCUUGAGGCCACUAUUCCUUCAACAGGAUAUGUUAUAGAGCCAAACUCAGGUAGCUACACUUGCACCCCGAAUCAACCAAUGGUACCGAACUUCUGCUGGGACUCUAAUAGUUCUGCUUCUGGUUCCCCAUCAUCGGAAGAUAUCCUGGAUGUUGGCUAUGACUUUAUUCAAAAUUUAUUGGACUUUUGCGCGUAA